AUCAAUGAUAUGACUGACGUGUAACGGGUGGGACUGAGAUGUACAGGAAGUUCUCAGAAAUGUCCGACACACAUCAGAAUGGAUUGGAAGAGAAACCAUUAUAUGAGCCAUCUGUUCUUCAUGAUAUAGAUUUCAAUGGGUGUCACUGUUCAACAUAUAACCCUGAAAUUUCCCACAUGAGUCCAGGAGAGGGGUUGGUGAUGAGGCCUCUGUGUAGAGGAGACUAUGAUAGAGGUUACAUACAACUACUCAGUCAACUGACCACUGUGGGAGAAAUCAGCCGGGAAGAAUUUGAUGCACGGUAUAGCAGUAUGGAAGGCUGUCUGGACAGUUACUACAUCACUGUGGUAGAGGACAAGGAGACUGGACAGGUGAUAGCAUCAGGAACACUUGUCAAGGAGCAGAAGUUUAUACACAAAUGUUCAGCUAGAGGGAGAAUAGAAGAUAUAGUUGUAGACAGUAAAUAUAGAGGACGACAACUUGGAAAAUUAAUACUGGACGUGUUGACCAUUCUCAGUAAAAAGGUUGGCUGCUAUAAAGUGUCCCUUGAGUGCAUGGACAAACUUGUUCCCUUCUACUCACAGUUUGGAUAUAAGAAAGAGGACAAACAGAACUACAUGUGUCGACGUUACAGUGACUAGGUCUCAAUUUAUCUUUGUGGUGUGUUCAGGUGUCUUUCUUAAGCUGGCUAGGAAUAGGUAUAUAUGUGGUCAGAUUGUGAUAUGAUGAUUGAUCGAAAUUGAAAGAUUGGUCUGAAAAAAGUUUCAACCAUUCUUACCAUUGAUUUUAAAUUUAGCCCAUUAUUGACUAUUUGUAUUUAAACCACUGAAUUAUUUCUAUAAACAUGUGGACUAUCUCUUCAUAGUAAUCUUACUAUAUAAUAGUACUCCUGUAUGACACAAACCACAGGAAUACUAGUCUUGUUUGAUCUGAACCAAAGGUAUUUUUCUUGUUUGGUUUUUGAUAUUAUAUGAUCUCAUAUUGUUUGUUUAGGAUAUGAUCUGAACUUUUAAUAUUAUAGUUAUAGUGUUUUGCAAUGCAGAGUAAUCUGUCCUUGUGACGAGAUGUUGAUUGUGAUGCCAUUAGUUUGAUUGAGAAAAUUAUGUCAUUUUUUCUGACAUUACUUUCACAAACAAAUAACAUAACAAAUCAAUACCUGCUUCCAAGGGUAAAUAACUCUGCAAUACAAAAGGACAGAAUAGGCUACAUUUGGUAAAAUUUUCAUGACAGGAUGAUGAAAAGAUCUGGUUCACAUUACUCUUGAAUAUGUAUCAAUGUAAAACAAUGUAAAAUCAUAUAUUUUCCUGUAACUCAAAUUUCAUGAUUUUUGCAAAAAAUAUAUAUUUUGUUGGCCGUUGAUUAUAAGGAUAAGUCUUGUUUGCGUAAUCAACUUGUUCUACAAUCCAUAUCAAAUUAUAUCUGUUCAUCAUUUUGUGGACAUAUAAAUUCCUGGAUUUAGAAUACCGAUGAUUUAAUGAAAAUAAAUACCCACAAAAAUGAAUGAUUUUACAGUAGAAAUUAUCUGUAGAUACUUGGGUAAGAAAUGUGUUUUUUCUUUAAAUCUUUUGGCUUUUUAAAUUUAACAUUGAAUGUUUGUGUAUAAGUAAGGUUGUUAUAUAAGAAAACAAUGAUUUUAGUUGAAGAGGACUAGAGAUACACUGUAUCAGUAUUAAUCCAAUUUGUAUGGUGAUUCAGUUGUGGGACAUUAAAUAUGCGGUUUAUGUCUUAUCAUGCAAACCAGAUGCUUGAUUUAUUUACUUGUAGUUCUAUAUAUAUAUAGUGCUUACCAUACUUUACACUAUGCCUUGUCCAAUCCUGUGUUUCCCCAUGACUCAUCAGUUUACAGUAGCUGUGGUAAUGUUGAUAUAAAAUAGGGAUUAUAAAUACGUACAAUACAGUUUUGUAUCUUGUGUGAUCUAAAACAUGUGAACUGAAGCAUACCUUUUAAACUCAGACUUUUUCAAUUUAUUACCUGCUAAUUAUCCUACAAAUCUACUGUGUAAUGUAUAUUUUGAAAUUAAGGUUCAAGAUGAACCAUAGUUAUUGUGUUUUGUCUGUUAUCCUGCGUUGUUUUUUUUUUUUUUUUUAAACAUUUUAAUCUUCUUUUAAAGUUCCACCAAUGGGAUUCAGCUGAAAGUUGCUUGGAAUGAUUCCGAGAUGGUCCUGAUUAAGCACAAUUUUUUGUGACAUUCUGAAAUCCAUUAUGACCACCAUCAUAAAAAGCUUCUACUUAAGUUCCACUGGUUCCAUUGAGCUGAAAAUGGUUCGGAAUAUUUAGGAAAGGAAGCCAACUAUGUAUUCUUAUUUUUCAGCCUCUUCAAAAAUUAUGGCUGCCAUGACUGCCAUCUUGAAAAACACCUUAAAAACUUCUUCUGUGGUUGUAGUUUUUGGCCAAAAAUUCAAUAUGGCAGAUAUUUUGUAACAUGAUUGCACAAUCAUGAUUUUCCUGAACAACACCUAUUUCAAACCUUAUCUCUAGUUUCAACAUUGGGAUUCAGCUCAUACUUGUGCGAGAUGGUCUUAAACAAUGUUGGAUUUUUUUCUAGGUUGGUUUGAAAUCCGAUGUGGCCGUCAUGAUUGCCAUCAUAAAAAGACACAUUCUGAAAUUAAUUUCUCCAGUUCCAUCAGAGAUACUGAGCUAAAACAUUUUUGAGGUAUUUUUUUCAUGUAAAAAUUACUGUCAUAUAUAGGUUUUUAUAGUCAGAUGAUUGUUAAGGCCCAUGGGCUUCUUGUUCUCUAAUUUGGGUCAUAUUGUUUUGAGCAUAUCCAUAAAAGUUAUUAUAUAAUAGUUAUUAUGAUACUUGAUGACAUUCAACUGGGAUGAUAGUAGUGUUAAUAAUUCAGAUUGCUUUACAAAGGGCCUAAGUUUGAAGUUUUAAGUGUAAAACAAAAACCAAUGAAUUUACAACUACCGACAAGUGUAUAGCUUUACAUGUUGUACCUGUUAAGAGAGCCUCUUUCACUAAAUGUUUUGAGACAAUCAGUCAAGACUAGCUUUGAAUAUACCCUGGUACAUGCGUCUAACUGUUAUUCUUAUCUAUCUUCUGUUAGCGUAUUUCGUUUUGUCAUUUUUUUUUAUCAGAUACUGUAAACAUAAAUAUUUUAGUGAUAAUCUGAUGUGGGAGCUUAUAUUUGUGCUAAUUUUGACUUUUGUUUAUUGUUUGUAUAUAGCAAUUAUUACUGAUGCAUGAAUUCAUCAUUUUGCUUAUCUGCCAAGUGAUAAUGCACUUAAAGUUAGUUAAUCUUAUCUAAAUUUAGUUAAUUUACAGUAUAAUCUAUUUGACAUAUGAAAUUCAAUAAUUGAGGAUAUUUUUCUUUUGUUAAAAAUCAUCACAAUCAUCACUCAUUAAUUACUUCAGUAUCUGCAAUACCUGCAUGACCUAUUUCACACACUAUCAUAACUAUGUACAUGUACUAUUUUGAUAUCUAAUUACAUUUAAACUAUUGUUUUUCGAAACUUAAACAAUUCAAACAAGUUUUAAUGUGGGUAUGUUAAUUUCGCUAUCAGAUUAGAUUGUAAAUUUAUAAAUCCUGAUGGUCUAAGAGUAGCUAGUAAUAUACACAUUAGUUGAGGAAUUUUACUGGUUCUGUUGUAUGUAUUGACAAUUUUCACACACAAUAUUGUGAAUGAUGAAGCUGUAAUCUAAAUUAACUGUAACACUGGAGAACCUGAGGAAUAUGAAGUGUUGGUUUAUCAUUGAGUAGAUCCCUACCUUGCAGGACAGAAAGUUGUCAUUUGAAUGAAGUCUACUUUAUGUUUUAAGGUCAGCCUCAAGCUGUUAAACGUAUGUAAAAGAACAGAUCUUAACCCUGAUGGGUGUUUACACAAUUGUGCAGUAACAGUUUUUGGCUUAUCAUGCUACAUACCAGUGAUUAUUCAUCUUAAUAUAUUUAUUAUUUUGAGAUAUUUUUGAGACACAAUGUUUAUUUUACAUUACUUGCUUAAAUCAAUUUCACACGUUUUUUGUUUCCAUCUUGUUGUAAACCGAAGACAACUCACACUAGUUAACGUAUUUAAGUAUUUAUCGACUGGAUCUGUUUACUUUUAUUUAUAAAGGUGCCUAUAUAAAAUGAUAUUUAACUGAUGUUAUCAGAAUGUGCAAUUUUUUUUGCAUAAUUGUUUGUUUAUUUCAAAGAAUCUCCUAAACCAAAGAUAUUUUGAUUAUAAACUAUAAACUGUCUGUUCAUAUUAUACCAUAUAAAGGAUGUGCACCUACACUGUACACAUUAUAAUACAUGUAUAUAAGUUUUUAGACAAUAUACAGUCCAUACUCAAUAUACAGUUAUAGAUAUACAGUCUGUACACAUUAUAUAUAGUUACACAGUAUACAGUCUGUACACAUUAUAUAUAGUUAUACAGUAUACAGUCUGUCCACAAUAUAUAUAGAUAUACAGUAUACAGUCUGUACACAUUAUAUAUAGUUAUACAGUAUACAGUCUGUACACAUUAUAUAUAGUUACACAGUAUACAGUCUGUACACAUUAUGUAUUUUUAUGGCAUGGUGCAGCUUCUGGCAUCCAUUUGUCAUCUGGCUUCAACUUUUUUCUUUAAACAACUUCUUCUCAAAAAUCUAUGAACCAAAUGUUUUGAUAUUUGGCUGGUAUGUACCUAGGAUAAAGCCCAACAAAGUUUGUAAAAGAAAUGACUUUGACCUAUAUUUAAGGUCACAGGGGUUGAAUUUGCUGAAAUAUAUAUACCAGGUGAGUGCUGCAGGCCCAUUGGGCCUCAUGUAUAUAGUUAUCUGUUCUGUAUACAGUCUGUAAACAUUAUAUAUAGUUAUCUAUUCUGUAUACAGUCUGUAAACAUUAUAUACCCAGGUAUAAUUAUCUGUUCUGUAUACAGUCUGUAAACAUUAUAUAUAGUUAUCUAUUCUGUAUACAGUCUGUAAACAUUAUAUAUAGUUAUCUAUUCUGUAUACAGUCUGUAAACAUUAUAUAUUGUUAUCUAUUCUGUAGACUGUCUGUAAACAUUAUAUAUAGUUAUCUAUUCUGUAUACAGUCUGUAAACAUUAUAUACCCAGGUAUAAGUAUCUAUUCUGUAUACAGUCUGUAAACAUUAUAUACCCAGGUAUAAUUAUCUGUUCUGUAUACAGUCUGUAAACAUUAUAUAUAGUUAUCUAUUCUGUAUACAGUCUGUAAACAUUAUAUAUACCUUAUAGUUAUCAAUAAUUUAUGCAGUAUAUACACAUUUCUACACUGCAUACACAUGGAUCUAUAUAUCAUAAAAUGUGACAGGCUUAUGCUAUUCAUUUUGUUAACUCAUCUUUAUGCUAAGAAUCUGGGAUAUUUAUUUAUUUAUUAAGGCUUUGAUGCAUCAUACUACAUGGUUUUUAGUGUUGAGAAGACUUGCAGGGCAGGUAUAAAUUUCUUAACCUACCAAGCAUCACUGGGUUUUUCCCAAACAUGCAGUAUGGUUUUUACCUGAUCUACCCAAGCUUUAGUCAGCAUAAGCUACAAGCUGCUAGACCAACUUGAUUCUUUACAUUACAUUCAUGUUUUGGAAUGCAUGCAUUAAUCUUUAACAUUUCAUAAAAAAUAAAAUGUGAUUUUGCUCUGUGGUCUUUUUUCAACGUCCCAUUGUUUAAAAGAAAAUCAGUAUUUCCUAACUUUCAAUAUAAAAAACAUCCUUAUUUUAAGGUAUAUUUUCAUUGUUUGCAUAUCAUUUUGAAUGCUUGAAAUUCUGUUUCAUUUGUCAACUUCGGGAUUUUAGGAAAAUACAAAAUUUUAAAAAUGCAUUUUAGCCAAUUAUCAAAUGUAUUUGAGUACUAAGCCAAUGAAAUAUUUAGUGCAUAAGCAUUUCUAUAAGGGAAGGAACUUGUGGAAUUGUAUAUAUGAAAUGUGUAUUUUAGUCCCAAUACUGUUGUACUUUUAGGUUUGUACCAAACAGUGAGUUGGUGUAAAACCAAGAGACAAAUGUGAGGAAUACCUUAUUGUUAUAAAGAGUUUAUUUUUGUGGUCAGAAAAUCAUAGAAUAUGAAACAUUAUUUGGUGUAUAGUCAGGUUAUACAGCUUUUCAUUUAAUGAGAAAGUUGAAUAAGUAUGAUGUACUUGAGAUGAAAUGUAAAAGUGUGUAAGCUUGAAAAUUAAUUUGACAAGUAUACUGGGGUUCAGGCCAAGAGGCCAAAGUUAUACAUGUGACUUAUGAUAAGAUGGGUCAUUCUGGAUCCUGCUAUGCAUUAAUUCAGGCUCAAUUUACAGAAUGUUUGGUAGCGUUUAUAAUAUGUUUUCAUGUCAUAGAGGUAUUUGCUAUCACUGGUGUUAUGAUAAGCGGAACUUAAACAAUUAAAUAAAGUAUGCAA